UUUCUUACAACUCUUUGAUUGCUAGGCUCAAUUUGCGUCACAAUUUGUUGCUCUCGAACGGAAAUCAUCCGUUUGUGAUAAAGCUCAACCUGCCUUGCUAUCCUCAGUCAUUUAUUGUGAUAUUAGAUCGUUGAAUCUAUAAAAUUGAAGUGAUUAUUCCGUCCCAGUUGUUGACACAAGUAAGAAGUAUAUUGGAAAAUAUGGACUCUAAUCCAGAGAAAAGCACGCCGCCCUCGACGCAAUCGCCGUGGGGAAAGGUUACUCAACCUGCAACAGCGACAACCUCUCUCACAGAAAUUAUGUCAGAACAGCUGGCAACAGAUUUGCAUAAAAAGGAGGUCGAUAAGUACACAAAGUCGCUUCUUUCUGACCCCUUCGAAAAAGAAGUGGCAUGCUACAUUGCUCCUGAGACCAGUGACUGCGAAAAUGAUUUAAUGAUCGCAAGGAUGCUGCAAAUGCAGUUUGACAAGGAGCAUGAUGAGGGAAUCAAAAGAACAGAGUCCAAAUGGAACGGCACCUCAAAAGUCACUGUCAGCCUCGAUAAUUUCCUAGUGUCUGGUGAAAAUGACGAUGACUCAGAUUACGAAGAUGAUAUGGACGACCGGAAAAGACAUUGGGACACCUUUGAGGCUUCCGAAGCAGCUUUCCCAACAAUUCCGAAGUGCGGCUACACAAAACCAACUGAAGGAAAAGGAAUUGUCACCAAGCAUGAUAUCACCAUGGCAAACCGCAGAAAUGCAUGCAGAGUUAUGGAAUUCCCACCUGAAUUCCAAACUGGAGAUGGAGGAGGCUUUGAUAUGCGUCUGUCGAAUCAGGUCUUCAACUCACUGAAGCGCCACUCCAAGAUCGACCAGGGCCGUCGCUCAAAGAUGCAUGAUAAAUCUGAACUCUCGACUUCCGAACAGGCCGUGGAUCCGCAGACCAGGAUCAUGCUGCACAAAUGGUUCGACAACGGCCUUCUGGAAGGCGUCAGAGGUAUCAUCAGCACCGGCAAGGAAGCCGUGAUUCUGCACGCUGAGGGUGGAAAGAAAGAGGAUGGAACACAAUUGCCGAAAAACUGCGCCGUAAAAGUCUUCAAAACCACCAUGAACGAGUUCAAGGAGCGGGACAAGUAUAUCAGGAAUGAUUACAGAUUCAGGGACAAGUUCACCAAGCAGAAUUGCCGCAAAAUGAUCGAGCUUUGGGCGGAGAAAGAGCUCAGAAAUUUGAUCAGAAUGAAAAACGCUGGCUUGAGGUGCCCUGCUGUGGCUCACUUGAAGAAACAUGUAUUGGUCAUGGAGAUGAUUUCCGACUCUCGUGGACCCGCUCCCAAACUGAAGGAUGUCGUGCUCAGUGAUGCUGAGUUGAGCGUGGCUUAUGAACAGGUCAUUGAGUUUGUCAAAGGAAUGUACCAGAAGGCUGGACUGAUCCACGCUGAUCUGUCUGAGUACAACAUCCUGUGGUGCGAAGGUGACUGCUGGUUCAUCGAUGUUGGUCAGGCCGUUGAGCCACGCCACCCGGGCGCCCGCACCUUCCUUUACAGAGACUGCACCAACAUUUGCACGUUCUUCAGGCGAAAGGGGUUGCCAAAUGUGCUCAGCCCUGAUGAGCUGUUCAAGCAGGUGACCGGCCUCAAUGACGACCCAAAAAAGUGCAUCGAGGACGCGGUUUUGGAGCAGCAGAUCAAGGAGUUUGAGAGAGAUGAGGAGCUUCUGGCCCACCAAGAGCCAAGGAACCACUAUCCUUUUGAGCACUGCUGGCAAAAAUCGUUGGAGGAAAACAAGGCGUCCAAAGAAGCGGCUGGCCUCAGCUCUCACACAGUGGAGGUGGAAGCCACAAAAACAUAAGCCGCUGGAGACAUUCAAGAGCAGAGCCAAAGUAGCUAACAGAUGUAACCCAUUCUUAAAACCGAAAAUGCGAUAUAAAUCCUAUCAAAAGCCUGGUCUGAUGCAUAUUUUUUUGCAUUUGCCCAAUACUGCGAUAGGUGUUCCUCAUUUUUUUGUGCGAUAUUUGGGACUGACAAAAAGUAGUAGAUUACAUCAUUGCAUUGGUUCAGCCAGUAGUUUUGCUAAAAUGUUACUUGAACUCCAAGAUAAGUUUUAUUUGAAAGUGAAGCCUCAAAUUUGUAGAUUUUUUAUGGAUUAACCCAACUACACUACACCUAAAGUUUUUGUCUCCAAUGAGUUAGCUACUUGGGAAUUUUUGUCCCCAAAUGGAAAGCGUCUGUCGAAAUAUACAUUCAAAAUUGCA